GUGAUUCGCUCAUCACUGUGUUACCGCUGCUGCGGCUGCUGAUGCCAGUGUGAUCCAUCCACGGGAGAUACAUCGCCUGUUUAAAGGUUUUCGAUUAUGGACACUCGUUGCCAGACGUGUGGAGGAUCUAAUGGAUAAUAAUUUUAAUCAUAAUGGGGGAAUUACGCGUUUUCUGUUCGGUAUUCAUCUUCUAAUCCGAGCUAAACGCGAAGCACAGGUGGACGAGUCGUCUGUGGACCGCUGGCCUCGGGAAUUCUGAGGAAAAACACCGAGAGAAAAGCUAGCCAAAAACUGAGAGUUUACAGACACGUUCCGGAGAGGUGAAUGGGAUUAUGGCUAUGUUUAUUUACGAGAAGACAAAGACGUGCUGAGUUUCUGCGUGUUUUUCCCGAGAAAAACGCUGUUUUUUCCUAUCUGGCCGCCUCUGAAGGAUGCUGCCUCCGCUUAUGCUGUUAGCCUGGUUUAGCUUAGCCAGCUAGCCGCCAGCGUUAGCACUCAAAUCCCCAGCUAAACUAAUCUACAGAUUUACACCGUCUGCCGCGCACAGAGCGGGCUAAUGACACGGAUAAAGACAGCUAAUUAUCCUCGGAGUCUUCAACAGAGGAUUUAUCCUAAUAAAGCUGCAGGAAAACCGGUCUUUUAAUGGUUAUUUUGGGUGAUAAUAUUGGGUGAGAACAUGUUGGUUAGCAACCGUUCGCUAAUGUGACUUAGGUGGGUUAUAACACAUUCGUAAUGUGUGAAUCUUAGCUAAUUCACGCUAGGUUAGAUUGGCUAACUAACUUCCCUACAUUUGAGCAGUUUUCUUCUAAAAAGAAACAGAUAGCUAUCCCUACUUUACCCAAGUUUUACCUUUCAAAUAUUCUGAGUUAUUUAUCUAUCUAUACAUGUUGAUAGUAUGAUGUUAAGCUAUAGGGGAAGAUGGGCUAAAUUAGUCACAGUGUCAGGAGUAAUGUACAAAAUACAUAACUAGAUUAGCUAACCUAGCUGUAGGUGUUUAUAUGUAAAUAAAGAUAUUUAGCGUAAUGGACUCUAUUUAAUUUAGAAUAGACCUCUGGCAUAUUUUAGAGCCAAACCAUAUUGAUUUCUAUAUCUGGUGUUUACUAUUCAUCUCUCUUUACUGUUCAGAUAGGUCAGGAUACAUAUGCAGUAAAGUUAAUUUCAGAUUCAGGUUAUUAUGUUCUGAAAUAAUCUUUAUUCUUCAUCUUAUUGUAUUUGGAAUGAUAUUCUAAUGUCCGUCAUAUUUUAUUAGGUUAAGCUGUAAGACAGCCAUCUAACUUUGUUGUGUAAUCCUAUUUCAAGAUUUCUAGCUUGUGUUUUGGAUCAGAGCACUUUAAGAAGGUUAACUAAUGUAGAAAGGAUUAUAUGAGUGUGUUUGAACACUGGAUAAGAAACUGUUGCCAAAAAAGGUCCUACUGUUUCGGCAGAGCAGCUUUGCAUGUUAUAUGAGAUAAAUGAGCUCAUUCUUCCAACUGUGGUUAAAAGCAAACCUGAUCGCUCAUCUUGAAGUUAGAGUUUGAGUGAGACUUUUGUAAUCAUUUUUAAAAGGUACACAUGGAUGUCGGCGAUAUCCUUCCUGCUGGCACACUGGCUCUAAGAGGACGCAGAGUGACUUUGAAUUCCGAACAUUAUUACACUUAAUUGGGAAUUUAAAUAAGGAAAUAUCUCUGGAGUGUUUCCACACACGUCAGGGGAGAGGAACAGUGCUCCUAAAUGGAGCAGGUCCUCUCCAGCCCUCGAGGUCAUUCCGACUGGGAAUCUGACCAAAAUUCCCUUGGAUUCCUUCUUUUGGAUAUGGAUAAUGAAGUAGUCACUGGCAGCUCUGAAAAGGCAGAGAGACAUCAGAGGGGAGAAUCAGGAAUUGUCUCUCUUAGCUUUGAUGAUAUUUUCCAGGAGAAUGCCUUUAAUUUAGAUGACCUCUUUCGGGCGUCUCGGUACUCUGGAUUGGAGCAGACCUAUCCUUGGGAACAAAGUUCGGAAUGUGUUUCUCCACAGUGGGAUAGACAGCCCCCUUGCUCCCAGGAACUGCCUGACAAAAAUCAUUGCUGUGAUGCAGUGUCUGCUGAUGUGGACACUGGAGAUCUCAUCAGUUUCAGUUCCACUGCCCCCAGCCCUACACACACUAGCAUAUCUGUGCAGGAAACGAAGCAGGGCUUAUCUACGCAGGUUGUGGACCUCUUGCAACCUAUUGUGAUGACUGACACAGAAAGCCCUUUAGAUGGAUUAAUAAAGCAGCCUCCUCUAGAACCAUUGCUGGACCAGACACUUUGUCCAAACCUUUCUCCUCAGAGGACUACAGAACUUGAGCAGCAUUUUGUCUUGACUUCCCAGAUAUGGGAACCAAACCUGGAUCCUUCUCAGAGCAUACCUGAGCAGGUAGGGAACCUCAUGUGUGUUGACUCUGAAAAUGUGCUUGAUCUGGCUGCAGUUUUUUCUGCAGAAGAAGGCUCAGGAAGGACUGCUGUGUGUGAACCUGAGCUUUCGCCUACACCUCUUACUCCCUUGCCCUUUAGCUGCCCCUUUUCUUCUACACCUUCCUGUUUAGACCCAGAUCCUCCAGGUGACCCUACCUCCUUGGCAUUAUGUAUAGAAUCACAUGUCCAGCCAUGUGAUGAGAGCUGUGCUCCCCACCUAGUAACUGACGCUACUAUUGCAGGGAUGUCCACAUUGCAAGACGCUAAUACACCUUCAGCCAGUAAUAUAGAGAGUGACUCCACUCUUGGCGUACAUUCAACACAGUCACCCUUAGAUCUGUCUCUAGAUGAGUCAGCUGCACAAACGGUACAUGAAGGAACUGGAUUAGAUCCACUGGCCUUAUCCGGAACACCACCUGAGUCCAUAUUGCCUGGUCCAUCUACAGAUAUCUCACUCAGUAGAAGUCAGCUUAACCUCAAUGCUGAGAGUCCAUGUGAGGGAGAUGAGACUCUGGAGAUGGGAGGGGGAGAGGUGGAUGUCUUAUCUCACGUGGUACUUAAAAACUCUGUAGAAUAUGACCUCGAAUCAUCGGUACUCAGUCUAGAAGAUAUUUUGGCAUUAACUGAAAAUGUACCUGAUCAGACAACUCCAGUGGAGUCCACAUCUGCCUCAAAGGUCUUACUCUGCUGUGAGACUGAGUUAAUAAUUGAGAACAGUGGCGAUACAGAUGAGCUUUGUGUAAAAAAUACACACACUCCCGAGAUGCCAAGCCUUGGUUCCAUACCUUCAAUGUCACCUCCUGAUGACAUCCCGAAACCUGAACCACUUGACUCUGAGAGAGAGGCACCUGCUGACUCUUUUGAUGCCUUAAAGAGUCAAACAGAUUCUGAUUCCACAGCUUCUUCAGAGACAAAACUGGACUCGGUCUCACCUGUUAUUGAGGCUGUUCUGAAUAUCUCACUUGAGCCAACUGCUGAGACAACGCCUGAGACAGAAAUGGUUACUCCUGACUCUGAAUCCCAAUCUCACAACUCACAUUGUUGCAUAAAUGACUUGCCCAGGGAAACAGGGAAUGAACAGACAAUCAACACAUGCUCAGAAGACAUAUUGAAUGAUGUCUCGCACACUCUCACUUCUGUGGAGACACUUCCCCACUCUCCCCCUCUGCACUUUCAGGAGGCGCCUGUUUGGCUGUGUGAGUCAGAUAACACAUCAGUAGAUUACACAACUCAGCAGGACGGUAAUGAACUAGAUGAAGGUACGACCAAGAACCAGUUACCAGCCUUUCAAAUGGAAUCUGAGAACAUAUCCAAUGGUGACCAUAACUGUGAGUAUGCACAUACACAGGAUGCUGCACCUGAUGAAUGUGCAACACCAAGCGAACCCCACGAAACAAAUGGAUAUGCUCAAAACCUCACAGCUGAGGACCAUUUGAUAUCUCACGAUGAUGAUGUUGUUGAUGACAAUCAGAACACACCACACACACUGAUUGACACAGCUGGGGAAAACAUUAUGGAAACAAACAUGGUGGAUUUAACAACUGUCCCUAUGGAUAACUCACCUUCUAGUACAAAGGAAGAAAGAGAGGAUAUAGAUAAUGAUCAGGAGGACGAUCAUGUGACCCAUUCUUCUCAGUGUGUUCCCAGUCCGCUUGACUUCACGCCUCUUUCAGCUGUGGAUUCUCAGCUGACCCCGGUGGGUGUGGCUGUGGAGCAGGGAAUGGGAGGGGCCACACCUGACACUGAUGAUGUGAGGGAAGAGGGUGAAACUGAUCUACCUGUCCAGUGCACACAGGUAGACCUGCCUCAAAUAAAGCACACGCUGCCCAGUCCAACUCUGAUAGACUCCUCGCCACUCACAGAUGAGUCUCCCAGUGAAGUCUGCCCACCAGAGGAAAUAUGCACGCCUCUGAUGGAGGAGAACAUUGAUGUUCUUGACAUUCCUGACCUGCCCAGCAAUGCUAAAAUGGCCUUGGACUUGUGUGUGAGCUCAGAUGCAGCCCAAGAAGGCAGCGUUGCUGCUGGUGCCGUACCUGUGGCUACAGUUCCUGCUGCAUCUACUCGAGAUGAGGAGCGUUCUGCGCUGCAAACCGUUUUCCAAGCUCUUGACCAGGAUGGAGAUGGAUUUGUCCGCAUUGAGGAGUUUAUGGAGUUUGCCACAGCGUAUGGAGCAGAACAGGUGAAGGAUCUGACGCACUUUUUGGACCCGAGUGGCCUGGGUGUCAUCAGCUUUGAGGAUUUCCACAGAGGGAUCACUGCUAUCAGCAAUGGAGGCUCUGAUCCAGAUCUCUACAGGUUGCAGCUCAGUUCAGGGGACACCAAUGGAGCAGCAGAGGAAUAUGAUGAGCAGGCGGAGGUGUCAGACAGUGCGUACCUGGGUUCAGAGAGUGCAUACAGCGAGUGUGAGACGUUUACAGAUGAAGACACUGGAGCACUGGUUCAUCCCGAAUUACAUGAAGAUGUGGAGACGGACAGCGGCAUCGAGAACACACUCACAGAGAGCGAGGACCGCAACAGGUUCUCUCUUGGCUCCGAUUUGCAUGGCAAUGCCUUGGUUGCUGUUAUCGGUGGAGAGGAGGAGCACUUUGAAGAUUUUGGGGAGAGUAACUCCGCCUCUGACCUGCUGCUGGCCAAUCAGGAGGAGGGGAGGGCGGCACCCGAGGGGGAGGGAGACCCAGAACCACACCCACACCAGGGGAGCCCAAUGCACCGCCCACAGAUGCUGUUGUCACCAAGCUCUGAUCCCUUUCCCACUAGUUUCCAGAGUUUUCUGCAGUCUGAAUCUCUGGAGUUCUUCUGCACUCACUGUCACAAACAGAUCAGCCGUCUUGAGGAUCUGUCCACUCGUCUGCACUUACUAGAAAUGAAUAGCUCCAGCAAGAGGCUCUCCAGUAAGAAAGCAGCAAGGCAUUUGCUACAGUCUGGUGGUCUAGAUGGCAUGAGUGAUUUGAGCCGUGACAUCCUGGACCUUGCCGACAGUGACAUCACCGAUAAGGUGCUGCUGCUGGAGCGGCGUGUUUGUGAGCUGGAGAAGGAUUCAGUAGCAAGCGAGGAGCAGCAUGCACGCCUACGGCAGGAGAACCUCACGCUUGUGCACCGUGCAAACGCACUGGAGGAGCAGCUUAAAGAGCAGGAGCUCCACUCUGAAGAGAACCUCCAAACUCUCGCCCGCAGACACAGAGACACGCUCAGCAAACUGCAACGAGAGAGAGACCUGGAGAUAGAGAACCUGCAGGCCAGGCUGCAUCAGUUAGAUGAAGAGAACAGCGAGUUGAGGUCAUGUGUACCCUGCCUGAGAGCUAACAUUGAAAGAUUGGAAGAGGAGAAGAGGAAGCUACAGGAUGAGGUGGAUGAUAUGAGUGACAGGUUGAAUGAAGAAACAGAGUCUCGCAGAAAAAUGUCAGACAAGCUGAGUCACGAGCGACACAGCAACAACAAGGAGAAAGAAAACACGCAGGAGGUGAUUGAGGACUUACGGAAGCAGCUGGAGCACCUGCAGCUCUUCAAAUUGGAGACAGAGGCUCGACGAGGCCGAUUACCCGGUGCUGGCCUGCAAGAGUACAACACACACAUGAGAGAAAACGAGCUGGAGCAGGAGAUACGCAGACUCAAACAGGAUAACCGCAGCUUGAAGGAACAGAAUGAUGAGUUGAAUGGGCAAAUUAUUAAUCUUAGUAUUCAGGGAGCCAAAAGCCUCUUCACCGAGUCCCUAUCUGAGUCCCUGGCGUCCGAGAUCAACAACGUGUCUCGUGCUGAGCUGAUGGAGGCCAUCCAGAAGCAGGAGGAAAUCAACUUCCGGCUGCAGGAUUACAUCGACCGCAUCAUCGUGGCCAUCAUGGAGUCCAACCCAUCUAUAUUAGAGGUCAAGUAAUCGCAGUGACGACAGCCGCCCUGGAACAGGCUGGAUGGAUGCUGGACUGAAGCUGAUGGCCGACGCACUCUUACCCACACACACUCUCACACUCUCACACUAAAGCUGAACAUUGGAUUUAUAUUUUUGUUUGAUGGCUGCUCCUCCGCUUUCUGCUGCGAGACAACAUUCAUCACUCAUCAACUGAGGGAUCAAGUACUGUUUUGUGAAGGAAGGAGAUUUUUAUGUGGGUGUGUUCGUCUGUGCGUGAGUGUGUUCUGUAUGGCUGUUGGUUCCUGUGACUUCCCUGUGUUGUGGGAUAGAGGGGCCCAAUCCCCAUGUGUGUGUGUGUUUGUGUGUGUGAGUGUGAAUGGGUUUGUGUGUAUGUGUAGACUGACUACAUGAGCCCUCACUCAGACAUGUAGGCUGCACAAACUCAAGUGUAGUAACCUGUAAGUACACACACACAAUUUAAUCCACCCACAUAUUAUACAUACACUCUUAAAAAUGAAGAUGUUAUGAAGGUUUCUUUGAGCGAGGCCUUGUUUACACUUGGUUUUAUAUUUUAUUCAUCCUGAGUACCAGAAUUAUAUUAAAAUAAAGGCCAAGCUACAUAAAAAAUCCAGGAGUAAAAGUCAAUUGUUGGUUUGAGCCACAUGUUACAGCACUGAAAUGCAUCUGUGUCUCCAAGGCCAGUUUGACAAGCAAAACCCCUCAAAGUGCAACCAAACAUUACCUCAUGCCAUACAUCAUUGGGCAUGUGAUCUGUUUCUGUGGGGAAGAUGGAUAUGAAGGAUGAUGUUAUAUUAAAUCAUGGACAAUGGCAUGAAAAAUGCAGCAACUUAGUGCUGACUGUGUUUUAUAAUUUUGAUCGAUAUAAUGCAAUUUCAAUAUAAAUAUGAACAAUAUACAAGGCAACCUAAAACUGAGAAGGAAUGGCAACAUACAGCUCUGGAAAAAAAAAAUAAAUGAAGAGACCACUUCAGUUUCUGAAUCAGUUUCUCUGAUUUUGCUAUUUAUAGGUAUAUGUUUGAGUAAAAUGAACAUUGUUGUUUUAUUCUAUAAACUAAGGACAAUAUUUCUCCCAACUUUCAAAUAAAAAUAUGGUAAUUAAGAGCAUGUAUUUGCAGAAAACGAGAAAUGGCUGAAAUAACAAAAAAUAUGCAGAGCUUUCAGACCUCAAAUAAUGCAAAGAAAACAAGUUCAUAUUCAUAAAGUUUUAGGAGUUCAGAAAGCAAUAUUUGGUGGAAUAACCCUGGUUUUUAAUCACUGUUUUCGUGCAUUUUGAAAUGUUCUCCUCCACCAGUCUUACACACUGCUUUUGGAUAACUUUAUGCCUUUACUCCUGGUGCAAAAAUUCAAGCAGUUCAGCUUGGUUUGAUGGCUUGUGAUCAUCCAUCUUCCUCUUGAUUAUAUUCUAGAGGUUUUUGUUUUUUUUAGGAUUUGGUAAAAUCUAAGAAACUCAUAAUUUUUAAGUGCUCUCUUUUUUCCAGAGUUGUACAUUUGUAGUUACAAACAUCUAAAAAAGUGAACUUUCCAGUUCAUGUAGUACACCCUGUGAUGAAUGUCAGCAAAGUACUUAUAGGCAAGUCACUUCACUAAAUUAUUGAUGAAAAUCUGAUUUAAAAAAUGACCAACAUUUUAUAGCAUCUGACUUAAUAAUUCACAAUACAUAGAAUUUUUUGAAUUUUCAUGGCUACUGCGCUUGCGCACAUCUCCAAAGCAUUCUGACUUUUCUCUGCUCUCCACAAGAGCAGAAAGCUGAUUGGCUCAUUUUGCUGAAGGGCGAGACUUUGUCCUUGAAUGGAGGCCAUGAUUAGCGUAGCAAAAAAUCCCAUUCAUACUGCAGUUAGUGGCCUGUUUCCUCCUUAAUGACAUCUCUGAUGUUAGUCAGUGAUGGUUACUACAAAUAAUAUAAAUUGAAAUAUCCAAAAUGUGUUAUAUAUUAUAUUACCUUUAUUGAAAGAUUUUAUCAUUGCAAUAUACAUUGAUAAUGACACAAUAAAAUGCGGAUUUGCGUAUUCACACAGCAAUCAGAUUUCAGUCUAUUUGACUACCAGUUGUAACUGCAUGGGUUUGAAAUCUUAUCAUAUAGUAGAAACAUAAAGUGAGUCAUUUUUGUAGUAGAGAUGUAUGUAAAGAAGCUUUUAAAGGCUAAAAGAAUUAGAUAUAAAUUAUUCAGCAGUCUCAAUUUUCAGUCUCGCAUCUUGGCGUCGCUCAAAAACCUUUGUAGCACCUUUAUUUUAUUUUUUUUUGUGUACACAAACACACACACAUGCAUACAUACAUAUACAUAUACAUACACAUAUAUAGCUGUUAUUUUGCAGUGUCAGUUUUUAGCUCUGAGUUAAAUCCCAGUAUAGCUCCAUGAGUACACCCGUGUGAGGGACACUAUGUGGCCUGAGGGUGGGUGACUGCGUGUGUGUGUGUGUGUGUUUGUGUGUUUUUGAUGUCAUUAUUAAUAAAUGACUACUGUUGUUUGCUGACAAUGUCAAGCAGCUUAAAGAAUGUUCUGUAUGUUAAGUUUUCAGUUGUACAUUUCUGUUCUAUUUCGUUUGUUUGUUUAUUUAUUUACGAUGAAGCAGAACGCGAGGGCUACAAGCACACCUCCACGUUCCACAAACCGCCUCAGUGUAACAACAGGAGUUUAGGUUGAUUGAUACUCUGCUGGCUGAGGAGGUGGUGGUGGUGCAUUGUGGGGAGUGUAGUUCUGUGCCCUCGCGCUGUAUUCCUGCUGAGUUAGAGAAGCUGGACACAGUGGAUUGCCUCCCGUGGCCUGGAUUGCACCGAGAGACUUUUAUUUUCUGUAUAAAACGAUCUCAUUUCUUUCAUUUGAAUGAUGAAAAAGGAGUUCUAUAUAUAUAUAUAAAUAUCUAUAUAUUUCUUCUAAGACAAGCUGAGAAUCUGGAGACUGACGAUUGACUGAAGAAGAUUGCACUCAGAAAAGCAAAGUUUGUUUUCGGACACCUUUUGAGACAUGAAGAUUUUUUUUGCUGCGUUCUGCUGAAGCGAGAAGAGCCAUUUCAUGUAAUUAAUUAAUUACUAGAGGAUGCUGAGGUGGACAGUGCAAGAGAUGUUGCUUUAAAAGAGAGAGAAACUCUGCUUUUCUUAUUUCUGUGAAGCUGGAGUGGAUUGGAGUGAAGCUCAGACUGACUACUACUAACACACACAUACACUCUCUUACACUCUCUCUCUCUCUCUCUCUCACACACACACAUUCCUCCCUUUGAAUGUAAAUAAUGAUCUGUUAAAUGCUUUCCUUUCUAUCUCAGUAGGUAUUUUUUUACAGAAACAGGGAAAGAAGAUUCUGUUUAAUUUCGUCUUCCACCCUCGCACACAUCUUCUUCUUGGCCAUGUCACAGGCAUGUGUGUGAGUGUGUGUGUGUGUAUAUGUGUAAAUCUCUCCGGCACAGCUGGGACAGACUUAGAGAUUUAGGCUUUAGGCUGAUCUAGGAUCAGGCUUUGCCUUUAAUAUUAGAAUGAAUUGUGAAUGUAAGUAGAUAUGGACAGGCAAAGCUGACCCUAGGCCAGUGUGAGAGACACUGACCUUUUUUAUUUUCCCUUUUAUCUUCAGUACUGUUCCUGGCCCACUGUACUUCAAUACUGCUCCCCUACCCCACCCCACAGGCCACUCAAAGCUUUAACAGGAGUGUUUUCUCCAGUGCUAUAACAUACACACACCACUUUUGCUCUUUUGCUCUAGAAGCUUGAGUUUACUAACUAGCGUGUGCAGGUGCCUCAUUCAUUCCUUUCCCCCGUCUCCCCCUCUAUCUCUUCUUCUCUCUCUAAUUUAUCUGUAAACUCUGCAGCAAGAGCACCAGUAGCACUGACCACACACUACUACGUCAUUAACACAUCUAACAGUAAACGCCGACCUUUAAAAAAAGGGAAAAUAUGUAUAUAAAUCUCUUUUUGGGAAUUCUCACUCGCGCCUCCUCUAAUGUCCAAAGAAGAAAAAAAAAAACAUUUCACUGCUGAGCAGGAGCUCCGCUUGUCACUUAGAAAACAUGAAGAAUAAAUACUAAUUUUAGUAUAUAAAUAACAUUUCAAAUAAUCUUGUUGUAAUGAAGGAUUAAAUUGUAAAGUGAAGUUUAUUCUGCUAUAUAUGAAGGAAUGUGUAUAAAUUCAGAUCAGUAUUGUCUUCUGCUGUAAGUUUUUUUUUUCCUUCUGGUUCUUUUGAAGAUGCCCCACAAGAUGUAUCUCUUACUGUACGGGGUCCUAUAGAUUUUCAACUGUAAAAUAAAAUAGAUGCGAAUAAAUAAAAUGAACAUAUCUCCUACACAAA